CUCCAGUCUGCUGCAUGCAGCUCUGUGCUCCACACUCCUGCCUCCUCCUUAUCAGUCUCCCUGCUGUGGAUAUAGCAAGCAUCAGAGUUCCUCUUUAGGAUUUCAGGAUCUCCAGGACAGGUGUUGUCCUCUUCUUUGGACUAUUACAGCAACCGACAGAUGCCAGGGCAGAAGAAGUUGCCAUACCAGUACCCAUCACAAGAAGCAGGAAGAAGACAAAAGAUCAGACAACUAGACAGCAGUGAACAAGAGCUGUAGGGGACCUGUGCUAGAUGUCUGUAACUCACAGCCCUUCCGCAAGUAUUAGCACCAACUUCACCACCGAAGAUGUGGACAAACGCAACCCUUAUGUGGCACAAUGGAACAUUGCUCUUCUCACUAUUGUUUUUGGUCUUGCCACCUUUGGAAACUGUCUGGUCCUGUUCACACUUUUGAGAAGACGCAAGCACAAUGCUCUUAUGCACACCUUCAUGAUUCACCUAUGCUUGGCGGACUUAGUGGUGGCUUUCUUCCAAGUUUUACCUCAACUUAUCUGGGACAUCACUGACCGCUUUCAAGGUCCAGAUUUCCUUUGCAGAUCUGUCAGGUACUUCCAAGUUGUGGGAAUGUUUGCAUCUUCUUAUAUGAUUGUGGCAAUGACUUUUGAUAGGCAUCAAGCAAUAUGUCGACCUAUGAUGACUUUUAAAAAGGGCUCUGCCCGGUGGAACAUCCCUGUCUGUUUGGCAUGGGUCGCCUCUGCCAUCCUCAGUCUUCCACAGAUUUUUAUAUUCUCAAGAACAGAGGUUCAUCCCGGUGUGCAUGAUUGUUGGGCACAUUUUGUGAAGCCAUGGGGUCUUAAGGCUUAUGUGACUUGGAUAACACUGGCGGUCCUCAUCUUGCCUGCACUUUUUAUCACCACAUGCCAAGUGCUGAUCUUCAGAGAGAUCCACAAUAGCUUAUAUUUAGGAACAGAGAGAUCCCCGGGGUCAAGAAGAAAAGAAAAACUGGUGGUUGGAAUGAAUGGAGUACCACAAGUCUCGGACUCAGGAGUGACCAAAGCCAUGUCCAAAACUGUGCGAAUGACUCUUGCCAUUGUACUAAUCUACGUGGUAUGCUGGACACCGUUCUUUAUUGCACAGUUGUGGAAUGUCUGGAAUGAAGAUUCAGGAGCAAGCCACUCUGCCAUUCAGAUCCUGAUGAUACUAGCGAGCCUGAACAGCUGUACAAACCCUUGGAUCUACACCAUCUUCAGUAGCAGCGUCUCUAAAGAUAUACAAGCCAUCUUGUGUUGCGGCGGAUGCAAGAAGAGACGACGCAAGAACUCUUUGCCCGAAGACUCCUGUUUCACUGGGUCCACCUCCUUUCCUAAGGAGUCACUGUAUUAAGUAUAGCUUGGCAAAAAAUGAGAGUGCCAAAUAAGAACAGUCGUAGUCUGAUGGAACAGACCAGGACUUUGUGCCAAUAAAGGAGGACACUGGUGGUAGUGGCCUCUUGUCUACACGACAGUUAAGCCUUGUCGAAUGUAUCAUUAGAGCUUCAUGUUCCUGUGAAAACCUAAUGCACUGCACCUUAUAAGUCGGCAUCUUCAUUGACCUACACUGGUGUUCUUGAAGAUGGUUGAGGUUCCUAGAAUACCUCAUCGAGAUAUUUACAAGUUCUACUAUCUAUUGUUAAUACAUGGACGUCAUGUGUAUAAAAAAAAAAUGUAUAUAUAUAUAUUUUAAGGAACUACUGUAAAAAUGAAGAUGGACCCAGUAUAUAACUCUGUUGUCUAAGCAGAUGCAACUUUGUUAAAGAACAAUAAGUCAGUAGGAACAUUUAGGGACCUAGAGGGUCAAGACUGAAGGAUCGUCCUACAAGAAUCACUAUGAACUUCUUCCGUCACCUCAACAUGAUGUAAAAAAGAAAACACUUGGGCAUACAAUUCUUUACCGAAAAGAAAUGCCAAUAUCAUUGAUUUCUGUGUAUUUAGAGCUGGAUUAUGGCUCUCUGCGAUACUGUGAAAAUGAAGUGCAUUUGGUGAGAGGGAUUGUCGUAUAUUUUUUUUUUUUUUAUCAAAAAUUGUCUACACAAUGUCUCUGCUAAGUAUGGUAAAUAUGUGUAGUAUACAGCCAGUGCUCGACAUGUACAGAAUAAAUACAUUUUAAAGAGAUUCUGUGAUCACUGCUUGUUGCCAGAGAGGCCUAUACCAAAAGCUGAAUAUCUCUGGCUUCCAGAAAGCUAUGCUCACCACUCUGGUUAAAGUAGGUUGUCUUAAAGGGGUACUCCACUGCUCAGUGUUUGGAACUAACUGUUUCGAACGCUGGAGCCGGCGCCGUGAGCU